CUGAAAAUUGUGUUUCCCUUUGUGUCAUUGCAUUAUCUCGCUCCAUUUCUUCUCCAGAGUGUGUAUGACAGCCUGUGUGGUGACAUGGUGGUGUCUGUGGCUGACUGUGGCAGGCAUGGAGGUCUGGGGAGGAGGAGAGGAUGGGGAAAGAGGAGGAAGAGAGGAGAGGUCCCUUCAGCAAAUCCCCUUAGGAACCUCAGGAUUUCCCUUACCUGUGGAUAUUGACCCCAUUCCUUCAGGCCCCAGAGAACAGAUCAACCAAGUGACAUCCUUCAUUGAUGGGUCGGUGAUCUACGGGUCCAGCAAGGAGGAGAGUGACGAGCUGCGUGCCUUCUCUGGCGGCCUCCUCAAGGUGCAGCGCGGCCCGGCAAACACCCAGAUCCUCAUGGCCGACACCAACCAGAUUGACUGCAAGACCUCAGGAAGAUUCAAAGCCAGGUCACGCAAGACUCGGGCAGCAGACGGCCAGCUCAAAGACAUCGAGUCAGGUUCCCCAAACAACGUACUGGAUUUGAUGGAGGUUCUGCCUAACACCGACGUCAGCGAUAUCACGGAAAUUCCUAGCGUGUUUGAGCGUGACGACCAGACACUGCCCUGCGACCACACUUUGCGUUUCCGCACAGCUACAGGGUGGUGCAAUAAUCUUAACUUCCCGUCCUUCGGCAAGUCGUUCAGGGCAAAAAGUCGACUCCUACGUCCUUCUUAUGAAAACGGUCUGUCUAAACCUCGCGUCACUUCAGUCACCGGCAAGCCUCUCCCUUCCCCUCGGCUCAUUUCCACCAACAUGCACAACGACGUGUCUGCACCGCAUGUCCGCUAUACCCUAAUGGUCAUGCAGUGGGGCCAGUUUAUUGACCAUGAUAUUAUUUUCACCCCCAUCAACAAAGGUUUCCAAGACUCGAUUCUGGAUUGCCGCAGAUGUGACUCUCCCCAGACAGUCCACCCUGAGUGUUUCCCCAUAGCCAUUCCUCAGAACGAUCCAUUUUUCCCUCCUGUCAAUAUAUCAUCUGGCCAGCCAUUCUGCAUCCCCCUGACCCGCUCCAUGCCAGGCCAGCUGACUCUAGAUUACGAUGCAUACUGCAACCCAACAGUGCUCAAUGAAUUUGGCAUAGCCUUCCGCUUUGGCCACUCUCUACUCAAGCCUUCCCUGGAGCGCAUGGAUGGAAUAUUUGCCAAGCGCAACCCUCCUGUCAAGCUGAGCGAACACUUCUUCAACCCAGACCUACUCUACCAGCCUGGGAUGCUUGAUGAGAUCAUCCACGGCCUGACUACUGUGUCCAUGGAGACACUGGACCAGUUCUUGACAGAUGAGGUGACCAACCAUCUCUUUGAAGACAAGCGGCAGCCAUUCUCUGGCCUGGACCUGGCUGCCCUCAACAUCCAGCGAGGCAGAGACCAUGGACUGCAGCCUUACAAUGAGUACAGGGCCCUCUGUAACCUGACCAGGGCGAGGUCGUUUGAUGACCUGCACAGGGAGAUAGCGAGGCCGGUGAUCGAGCGAAUGAAACGGACGUACGCACACGUGGAUGACAUAGAUCUGUUCACUGGUGGAUUGAUUGAGACGCCGCUGCACGGUGGACUGGUCGGUCCCACGUUCGGCUGCAUCCUUGGCAUUCAGUUCAGGAACCUCCGCUGCUGUGACCGGUUCUGGUAUGAGAAUGCUGACCCACUUGUGCGCUUCACCGACCCUCAGCUCACUGAAAUAAGAAAGGUGACACUGGCCAAGCUUCUGUGUGACAACUGUGACAAUGUGGAAAGUGAACAGCGGUCUGUCUUUGACUUUCCAGACCCCUUCCUGUAAGUACUGCUCCUGCACACACACACACACACACACACACACACACACAUACAGACACAGACAAAAUGCUAUCCCCUCAUCCCUUCCUCACCCCCAGGAACCCCCGAGUGUCAUGUCGCGACCUCCCCGGGGUGAACCUUGAGCUGUGGAAAGAGGAGCACGAAGAAGAGGAAGACCUACAUAGGAUCAGAUGGAAGGACCAUGUCAAUGAAGACACAAGAGACAAAGGAUUAGAUGAAAGAAUGCCUCAAAGCAGAAACAUCUGAAGAAGACUUUUGUAAAGAGCAAUCCCAAAUAGAAAUUAGGGUGGGAAGAAGCAGCGUUGGCACUCACCACAUUGGUAACAUAGAUGCCCAGGAGUGUUCGUCGUGCUGGCCGUUCCACUAGGAUGGCCAUGAGGCUGCCAAUGAACCCUGGCACAAAGGAGACUGUGAAAAAGUUGAAGUGCUGCAGAAUGUGUCUGUGGGAGUAAACAACAAACAUAUCAUUAACAAUUAAACAAUUUGACAUUUCAUAGAGGUGACUCAAUUUCAGCUACCGUAUUUGAUAGCUUAUAAGACACACCUUAAAAAAAGUCUCAGAAAAUUAGCCAGCGUCUUAUAAGGCCAAGGUUCAGCUCUGGGGCAGUGGCUAGUAGUAAGUCUAUGGCAACAGUGGCCCUUAAAUCAAACCACAAACAUCUUCACACAUGUAAACAAAGUGAUGAUCAUUUCUAAAUCUCAAAAACAACUCUUUUUUUUGUAAGGUAACAAUGUAUAACAGAUCAUACUUAAUGGUAAUUCACAUAAAAUAACACCAGUCAGAAAGAAAUUAAGUGACUAUGCUUACGUUGUUUGUACCAAAACAAAUUCACCAUUAGUUAAACAUCAAACCUGGCAACACAUGCAAGGUUCACUGCGUUCCUUAGGUAAGAUACACCUUCAUACAACAGAAAUUAUGCCUAUCUUUUAACAUUUUUAUCUCGCAUGUGUGUUCAACAAAACUUGAAGCUAAUGAGAAACUAUAUUUUUUUCAGAAAACCUAACAUAACAAAAGAUUUUAUAAGUGAAAAGAGAGUCACAAAGUAGGGUGACUCAUGGUGAUGGUCUGCACAAUAAUCAUGCAAUACAGUUUAUGCAAUAGUGUUUAAAAUUUCCAGAUUCCAUUUCCCCAACAUAAUGGGGUCACAGAAACAACGUGUACACAAUGGCGUAUAAGUUACAAAAUUAUAAAAUUUCCCAAGGAAAAAUAUUGGAAUCUAAUAAGGAUCUGAAUACAUAUGAGAGGGCAUCAAAUGUCAGGUUAAAUCCUUCACUUCAUAUACAGAGCUUAAACCCAUUUAUUUAUCUUUUUUUUUUUUUUCAAUGCCUGCCCAAACUGAGAUGCAUCUUAUAACCCCAUAUGUCUUAUAAACUGUCAAAUACAGUAUUUUCUAUUUUACAGUAUUUUAUCUUGUUCCAACAGGAAAAUACUAAUUUUACAGUAUUUUAUCUUGUUCCAACUGGAAAAUACUAAUUUUUUUGUCAUUUUAUAUGCUAAUGAUGAAGUGCUUCAAUGGCUGUCCUUCAUCAAUAUCCUAUGGUCACCUCCUCUCUCCAAACUAACCAACAAGAACUCAUGCACUAUACUUGGUUUGUGUAGUAACAAGAAUUGUGGGAGCUGAUCACAACACACUAUGACCACUGACUACUUAAAUGUGUAUUCAUUCACAUAAACUAUACUAUAUCUUAA